AUGGAACAAAUUCUUGGUUACUUGGUUGGUAAUAAAGUAGUUAAAAUUUCAUACACAAGAUUUAAUAUGAUAUUUGAAAACCUCUUUAGAAUUGUAUACCUUCAAUUUCUCUUAACAAGAUGUUUAGAGAUUCCAAAAAAUUGUGUUUUUGGGUAUGUAGCAUAUCUAAUAAUGAAACUUGCUAAGAAUAAUAAUUUAGAUGUGUUUCUAAUGGAAAGAGAUGUGUAGAAAUUUAAGAAUGUAAAAAUUACAAAAACAUCAGAUAGAUGCAUUAAUAAAAAUUAAAAAAGGUAAGUAUUAUUUAUUGGAUUAAGAAGUUAAAUAGUGUCAAUUGUAAAAAAGUGAAAUGAAUUACCAAUAUUUUUAAUAAACCAUAAAAUGUGUAAAGAAGAUUUAGAUGAGUGCACUGUAACUGAUGAAUAAUAUGGUUGUAUAAAGUUAAAGGAGUCAUAAUGUUAUGAGAGUUUAUCAAAAUCUUAAAACUGUUUUUGGGAUUAUUAAAAUAAAUUAUGUAUUGAAAAGAUGUGUGAAAUCUGCCAUUUUUAUUAGAUUAUGA